UUUCAUUUUAUAUAAGUAGGCCGUGUUCAAAUUCUAUGUGUAUAGUUCAAACAUGACAACAGAAGAAAAGUUCCGUGCUGCUGUAAAAGUUGUUCGAGGACUGCCGAAAACUGGACCUUUUCAACCUUCAAAUGACUUGAAACUUAAAUUUUACUCAUACUUUAAACAAGCAACUGAAGGACCUUGUACUCAACCUAGACCUGCAUUUUGGGAUGUCAUCAACAAAGCUAAAUGGGAUGCCUGGAAUGCUUUGGGGGAAAUGCCUAGAGAGGAGGCAAUGGAGAACUAUGUGGGAGAGCUAAAACAGAUCAUAGAAACAAUGUCAUUCUCUGACAGUGUUGCAGAGUUUAUGGACUUAAUAGGACCUGUGUGUGAGAGUGUUCCACUAAAGAAGUCAAACUCAAUUCCUCAUCUUAAUGGUGAUAAAGAUUCAGAGGAUGAGCAGGAAAUAAAUAGUUCUUCAGAAUUAGCAAGUCCAGUAAGAAAUGCUGCCCAUUUAUUGAAACGUAUACAAGGAAAAAGGGUACCCAAACAUGAUGCUGAUGCAUCACCUGAACGCCUUCUUAAUGAACAAGGAAUCAGUGGACCAGAAAAUAGUAAUGGAUUGAGUGAGAGUGGUGCUUCUGACAGUGAAGUGGACGAGUUCUCUGAUACUUAUGACCAAGUGCAAGAGGAUGAGGAAGAACUGCAGAUUCUUUCCAGUAAGCAUGUUAAUGGUGAUAGUGGUGUGGAUAUCCAGAGUGAGUCAAUGGUUAUUGUAGGCAAUGACCCUCAGACGUGGUCAGUAUAUUCUGAGAAAACCACAGCUAUGUGUAAAGCCUCUGGGAGUAGCAGUGAUUCUCAAAAACUCAAUGCUUCUGAUCUUGGUGCCUCUCAAAGUACAAGUCAAAAUGGAGAUUUAAUAGCAAAAACACGAGGUGGGGGUGAUUGUGCUCCAGGAAAAAGAAUGUCCAAUCCUUUACAAGCUAAUCCAUCUGGCCAUGCUUCUGGUCGCCACACAAGAGAAUCAGGGACUGGUAGUCAUCGAGGUCAACUCUUGCACUUUAAUAGUGCUUGUGGAAGCAGUGGGCAAGAUGGAGCUGGCAGAUCUCAUCCAAAAGAAACAUCAUCAGAUACUACAGAGCAACUGGCCCUUGCUAUUUUACGGCUCCAACAUAAGUUAGAUGAGGUCAUCAGUAGACUAGAUACAUUGGAAACUUUACUGAACCAGCAAGAAAGACACAGGAAAAACACAGAAAUGUCUAUUUGGUGGCCUUUUGGAAACCUUCCAAUGCACACUGUCAUGAUAAUUGCUUUGUGGCCAUUUUUGACGCAGUGGGUUCUGAUAGUGCUUCAAAGAAGACAUCGUAAAUAAUUUGAUGGAGCAUGUUUUAAAUAAAAUCACUUAUUGGGCCUGUUUAUACCAUAAAACAAUUGAUAUUGUUGGCAGCCAAACUGGGUUGAUGAAUGUACUUUUGUCAGAUUUUCUCUUCAAUAUAUCUAAUAAGAUUUCAUUACAAGCCUAAUUUUGAUUUUCUGUUUGGUAAUACAGAUUCAGUUUAAAUCAUGAAUGAACUGUUCAUAUGAGUAAGAUCUUGUUUUCAGAAUAUUUAGUGGUACAGUAUUAUGAAUUUUGAUUUGGCAUUGCUAGAUUAUUUUGUCUAGAGUUUACAUAAAAGUGGAUAUGAGCAAUAACAUUACUUAUCAAGUUAUUUCAUAAGCUAUAUAAAAUACUCAUGUACACAUAGAUUUCUCAAAUGGUUGAGGGAAUGUAUACAUGUACAUAUAUAACUGUUUGUGUCAUUUAUAGGAUUUAUGUAUUUAAAUAAACUUACAUAUUUGUCAAAAAAGUAAAUAUUUUAAGUAUCAGGAUUUGCUUUUAGAGUGAAAUGCCAAUAAAAAAUGACAGUUUAUUUUUAAACAUUAAAUUAAUACUUGGUGUCUUAUUAAGGUUAAAAGACAGGUUUUCAGUUAACAGUUGUUGGCUAACAUAAAGUUCUUAUUGAUUUUAUUAAAUUUACAUCAAUAAAAUAAAAAUUAGGCACCUAAUUUGAGCCUUAAUUUUGAAAAUAUAUUAGUAGACUGUAUGAUCCAAUUGUGGUUCUUCUUGAGGCCUUGCACUUGUUCAGGCCACAAAUGAAUACCGUCCAGUUGAAAAAUACCAACAAAUGAAUUGUUUUUAAUCUUUCAACUGAAAUAAAGUGAACUGAUUUAUUAAAUUUACAGUUCUUAUUCAUAACUUGCACAUAUUUUUUAGAUGCUAUUUUUUUGAGAAAAUUGUGAAAGCUAAUUUAAAAAUUUGAAAAGCUAGUGAUGAGUACUGCAGGGACAAACAAAUUUGAUUAUUAAGAUGGUCUCUGUAACUUGCAACUUUUACAGUGUAUAUAAAUAAACACACACACACACACAUAUAUCAUGGACUUUAGUUUUAUUAUUAUUAUUAGCUAAGACUUGGAUCUGUAGUUAAUAUGAUUAGUUUUGUCAUCAACAAAGUACAGAAUCUCAUUUAAUGGUUAGUUUUAUUUGUACUUAAACAUUACAUAGGGUGGGUCUCUACUUAAAAUGAUUGAUUAUAUACAAUAAACUAACUUUAGGAAUUUUAGAAUAUUUUAUUUUUGUUAUUAUUUAACUAAAUAUCUGACCAUGAGUACCUUAAAUCCCUAAAGUGAGAAUUGAAUAUUCAUCAUUAGUGAUUGUAUGCAAUACUCAGGGCCUGGCAUAGCCUGGUGGUUAGAGCACUUGACUCGCAAUCUGCUUGUCACAAGUUCAAGACCCAUUACUGAACAUGCUAGUCCCUCUUAGCUGUGAGGAUGUUAUAAUGUGACAGUCAAUCCCACUUUUCAUUGGUACAAGAUGUGGAGGUGGAUGAUAUUGACUAGCUGCUGUCUCUGUAGUUUAUCAUUUCUAAAUUAGGGAUGGCUAUUGCAGGUAGUCUUCUAGUAGUUUUCACGAAUUUCAACAAACAAGCAAGCAUGCAACAAUCAACAUGAGGAGUUGUUUUACACAAUUCUGUUAUAAUUAGCCUUAAGCACAAACAUGAAAAGUGACUGCUUGAGGUCUUAUGCUUUUAGUGGCCUUACACUACUCGGUUAAAAAUAAAAUUUAAAAAUGAAUGCGUAUUCAUUGUUAAUAUCUCUCUCAAGUUGAAAUAAAAUAUAUUAAAUUUAUACCAAUAAAAUAUAAUUGGGUAAAUAAUAAUUAGUAGACUGUAUUAUCCAAUUGUGGUGUUUCUUGAGGUUUUGCACUUGUUCAGGCCAUAAUUGAAUACUGUUCAAUUUAAAAAUACCAACAAAUGAUCUGUUUUUUAAUCUAUCAACUGAAAUACAAUGAAUAGAUUUAUUAAACUUACAGUUGUUAUUCUUAACUUUCACAUAUUUUUGAGAUGGCAUUUUUUUUUGCUAAAAUUGUAAAAGCUAAUUUAAAAGUUUGAAUAAAUUUAUAUAUAUAGGGUUGAUAA